CCUGGGGCGGUGCCUGCCGGGCCGGCUCGGCGCUGGGUGCCCGGUGCGGGCGCGGGGCAGGAUGCGCUCUGCGGCGCCGCUGCUGCUGCUCUCGGCCUGGGUGCUGCUGCCCCUGCUGCUGCCCGCGCCACCCGGGGCCCGCGGCAGCCAGGAGCCCGCGGCGGGGCUGAACGGCAGCCGCCUGCCCGCCGAGCCGCCCGGCAACCGCAGCGGGGCGCGGCUCCGCCCCGUGCCCGCGCUGCUGCGCGACCUCUCCGCGCUCAAGGCCGCCGUCAUCGGGGCCUGCGCGCUCACCGCCGCGCUCAUCGCCUGCCUCCUGCUCCGCGUCUUCAGGUCUGGAAAGAGGAUUAAGAAGACCAGGAAGUACGACAUAAUCACCACACCAGCCGAGCGGGUAGAAAUGGCUCCUCUGAACGAAGAAGACGAUGAGGAUGAAGACUCAACAGUGUUUGAUGUGAAAUACAGGUAAAGCAUCUCCAUGGAGUGUUGUUGUCCUGCAAGAUGUCAUUCUGCUGUCGAGGGACCUGCUGAAGCCAUAACUGUGAAGGGGGAGGCUUUCUUCUCUGCAGUGUUAGAACCAAACCAGGCCUCACCUCCUCGAGGUGCUGUUCCUACAGCAGGCUGCGGAUCUUCUGACCAAAACGUCACCAUUUGGUUCCCUGGUUUCCAUACUGCUAUGUUGGAAUGACCAGAGUUCCUCUUUGCAAACUCGUCUCUCUCUUGCUUUUGAAGGGCUGUGGUGUCACUAAAGCAUGAUAAGAAGCAACCCUGUGUACUGACUUGCAGCUCAUUGUGGUUUAAAUCAGUUUUGCAGAAGGAAGAAGAAAAGGAAAGGAAGAUAGAAAUAAGCUGCCCCAAGGACUUAUUUUCCAAAAUUCUAAUUCAAUACUUCAGUCACUGUUAAACUUUGGUCAUUGUUAAACGGAUGAAGUGUUUAAAAAAAUCAAGUAGUGUAUUUUUCUGGGCCUUACGGAAGUGAUUUAUGACUUCAGGUGGGAAAUAUGUAAGCUAUGCUGAAAUGCCACAGUGUAUGUUUAGAAUUUUGAGUGGGGUGGGGAGAGGUUGACUUGUGGAAAAUUUUGACUGGCUACUGAUUUUUAUUUUAAAACAACAGUUGCACUAAGCUUUCGUGAUGACAUUGUCAUUGUCCCAAGGAGCUCUGAUCAGCCCAACUUCAGUAUCUGAAACCAUGGGGAAACAGGAAGAACCAGGCAUGCCCUAAACUACAACAAUCUUGAAUUAAAGAAGAUAUAUUUUUGUAAUUUUCUGUCCUUCCACAGGGAGUAAACCAGUGUUUUGUACUGUCCUGUGCUGACUGUAACUUGUCUACAAUUCAUCAUUUGCUUUUCCUAAGCAAAAUAAGUCCUCAUGGAAUGAUUAGAUUGCAGAAAGAACACUUCUUAUUUUUCAUGGAAGCUUCAUGUAAGUGAUCUUAAUCCGUAUUAAACUGGAAGUUUUCCCUUGCCACCUGCUUGGCAAAUCCCAUUUAACUUAAGGAUGUAUUUUCAACCAUCAUGCCCUUCUGUGCAUUUUGCUGCAGAGGUCAGGGCUGUGGGAUAACACUUGGAGAAUUAGAUUGCUGCAUCUGGAUGGAUUUGGUUUAGGAGACCGCAACCAUGUAGGCUUUCCAGGCCCUCAUUAGAAAGGGCAAACUUAACUAGUAACUAGUUUAGUUUCUUUAGUUUGUGGUUUUCCUUUAAAGUAACCACAGAUGCAGUUCAGGCUUCUCUUGGACAUGUUCAUUUUCUGUUUACUGCACCCUGUAACACCUUUUAUUUUGGAUUUUUAAGCUGGCUGGAACCUCACUUUUCUUGGGGAAUGCAUUUUACAGUUAUUUUAGCAUUGUCCCACUGUUUGCUUGACUCUCUGCUGCCCUCCUGCAAUUACAACCCCUCAAGGAGACUGCAGAGUGUCUGGCAAAGCACCAUCCUUGCAGCAAGCUGCCAGUUUUGAGGGUUUUUUUUUUUGGAAGGCCAUUUGAGAUUUGAGGCUUGCUGAAAAACACUGAACUGCUUUGUCAUGAUACCACGACCUACACCAGUUCUGCGCCGUUCCCUUGGGCCCUGCAGUCAGUAAAAUGAGGUGAAGGGGAAUUUUUUUUUUCCUUUCCAGCAGCCUUGAGCUUUUAUCAAAGGAGCUCGCGUAACACAGCUUGCUUUCCCUAGCUGUGACUCAGCAAAGGCUUUGCAAACAGCCCACUUAGCCCGGAUGGAAAAAUCCCACAGCAGACUGUUGUGUUAACAUUAGUCAUCAAGGCAAUGUAAAAGUGCUAUGUUACUUUCAUUCAUGGAAUGAGUUUGAGUCAUUCCAUAUUACUGUUACUAAGCAAUAUUUAACACAUCACCCUGCGAGGGGUGAGCAGGCUAUGUUCUGGCUGGUAGGAAUCACAGGGACCACGAGGGUGAACGAUGCUGUGGGUUGAGGUAAGAUCUGGGGCUUUUUCCCUGCCUGGGUAAAACAGGUCUCAGACUUAGGCUGGAUGAUUCCGAAGGAAAUGGUGUGUUUCUUCAGGACUAAAGUACUUUGCAGACUAGGAAUUGAAGUUCUUCCGUAGCCAGAGUCCUUUUGAAAUCAGAGAAGUGGUGAUGCUGAGAGGAGAGAAAGAGGUUAAAAGCUUCUGUUUGCGUUUGCAGAAGGAGGUGAUGGGAUGAGGUGGCUGCUGUGUCUAAGCAGACACCAUGGCAACGUGUUCAUGUCCACUCUUCCACCAAACUCAUUAAGCGAAGCAUCAGGCACUCUGGAAGAGCAGUAGCGAGGGAAUGAAACUUCCUCUUUGCACAAAAUAAAGGAGAGACCAAAUUACGUAGGAGAAAGAUGAGAGGUAAAGGUGCAUAAAGGACACUCCUUUCCAAGGGUGAGUCAAUUCAUAAAAGCAGGAGUUUAUCCACCAACUUCAGGUCACUUGCUGAGAUAGGCUGGCAAAGGCCAUCCGCUUUCCUUGCUUAUGGCUAAAAGAUCCCACUGUUUUCAUGAUGUGGCUGAAUAUCAGUGGUAAACAGGGACCAGUUAUUUAAGAUGUUGAAGAUGGAGGUGCCCAACUGCCACCGGGAUGCUCUUGCUCCUUGGGGAGAUCCCAAACUGUGUGCCAUAAGCUAAAAAGUGUUUGUAGGGAAGCAGCAGCUGCUUGGUGGAAAUACGAGGCCAACCUCACCAGUUGCUCAUGGUUGUGAAAAUAAUCCAAAUGCUUUGUUUGAUACUCGAUUGCUAUUGCAAAUGUGAGGCAAUGUUUACCUCUACAAAAGUUGCUGUAUGUGAUUUAAAGUGUCUGGUUAAAUAUUCUAUAGCUAUAUUUAGUUAAGAUUUUAAGAGCACUUGACGUGACUCAUCUAAUAGUAUAUAUGAAUAUUUUUUUAAUGGUAGGAAUUAGUUUAAAAUGUAGUUUUAAUAAUUUGAACUGUUUGGGUCAGGUAGUUCUGGGAGUUCAUUGGAGAAGAAAUAGCCAUUAACCACUACAUGAAUGUUUUACCUUAAUGUUCUGUGUAUCUAACAUUGCAGAUUUAAUCUGAUUAUGACUGUAAUGUGUCUUGGUAUCUGCUGCUAUUUUGUGUUGCAUAGUCAAACAUGCUUUGUUCAAGAGCAUUUUGAAAGGCAUAUUUUUUUUUUUGUUACAGAGAAUGAAAAGAGCAGUGUUGCUACAGAUGUCUGCCUGUAGCUCAGUCACUGCUUGCAAAAUCUACCAACUCAUAGCAAAGGCUACUAAAGCAAAUUAGAGGCUUUCCUGUUUGUGCAUGCUGUGCUGUGGAGGAAAAACCCUGCAGAGAAUUGCAGCUUCUUUACUCCAACCACAGCCCUGUCACCAGGGAUCACAUUAAAGCAGCCAGAAGCUGGCGUGCCACGCUUGCCUGCAGAAUUAACUCAAAGUGCACAGGUAGCUUUGUAUUUAGUGUUUUGGUUUGGUUUUCUUCCCCCCAGAAGAUGCGGAGAUGACUGCAAACCCUUGUUUAACACACCUAACUUGUGCUAUCUCAAUGCUUGUCCUAAGCCCAAACUGACUUGUAGAAUUCAAACACACAAGCACUAAUGCGCUUGAAUAUUUUGUUCUCUCUAAUUUACUGUUCAUGCUAUAAUCUCUGCAGAGAGUGGCAGGCUAUGGUUUUCAUUAAGGGUUUUUUCUUCUGUUAGAAGAGUUUCUGCUGCUGCAGGUUUUGUGUGAGGAUUUAUCAGGACCAUGAGUUUUGUUUUGUGCAAUUGCUUGAGCAUUGUUUAAAAAUGUUUAAGAGAAUUUGUCAUUGUGACAAAAGCUUCUUUUUAAGAAAAAAAUGGUAAGAAAUGGACUUCUCAUGUUUCAGUAGAAACUGCCAUCAUUAAACAUGUUCUUGAAAUCCUG